AUUGAACUGCGAUUUUCGUAAAAUAGGCCACACGGAGAUCUUUAUCGCGUUUGUCGAACAGCUGCGAGCAGAGAAUUAAAAGAAGGGAGCAGCUGUACGUGGAAUGCGCAUGCACCAGGAGGGGUGAGUAUGCCACCACCUGAACUCCUGGACAGCGCUUUUGAUCCAUGUGCAAGAGAAGGAUAGCGUGAAUCGAAGAGGAAGACAGAUUGAGUGAGUGAGAGACGAAUACAUGAUUGAGAGAGAAACAGAUAGAUAAAAACAGGACAGAGAGACAGAGAGAGAAAGAGAGAGAGAGAGAGAGAGAGAGAGCAAAAUGAGAAAAAGAAGGAAAUUGUGCAAGUUAAAGAAGAACAAUUUGCAAUGGAGGAAAAGAGAAAGAAGGGAGCAAGAAAGUAUGAGAAAUCAGAGAAGAGAGAAGGAGAAAGACAGACACGGCGUACGAGGAAGAAAAGGACAGAGAUAGGGAGAAGGAAGGAGUGAACAAUGUGAAUAAGAGAAGGGCAGAGAAUGUCGGAGGGGGGAAAAUUGCGAGAUAAUAAGAGAAGGACAGAGCGUGGUGGUGGUAAAGAGAUAAAGCGAAACGGAAGGAGAGAGAGAGAGAGAGAGAGAGGAAGAGGGAGAGGAAGAAGAGAGCGGGGGAAACGCGCCAGUGGAGUCGCGACGCGUUUCCGUGGCUAUAGUCCUGCGGAAGAUCAUCGAGAGGACUACACCCUUGCCGCAGUGUGGCGAGGAUCAACCCGUAUCCGCAUAUCGCACAACGCACGCUGCUCCGAAGCGGAGAGGAUGAGUCUUAUGCUGGACGAGGAGGAGCUCGACGAGUACAGCGAUGGCUCCGUACGAUUACGAAACCCCAAUAUCGAACUCAUGGAUCAGGAUAUAUUGUACCAUCUCGCACUUGGCAGCGGUUCCCAUGAUCUGGUUGAGAUGUUUGGUGACGUCAAGUUCGUCUGCAUGGGCGGAACACCGAAAAGGAUGGAACAUUUCGCUAACUACAUCAUGCAAGAGAUAGGUCACAAGCUGCCAGCUGGAACGACCCUCCUCGAUAUUACCAAAAAUUCCUAUCGCUAUUCAAUGUACAAAGUCGGCCCGGUUCUCUCUAUCAGCCAUGGAAUGGGUAUACCUUCAGUAAGCAUUCUGCUCCAUGAAGUUAUCAAGCUGAUGUACCAUGCAAAAGUAAAGGACCCAAUUUUCAUCAGGAUUGGUACUUGCGGUGGUAUCGGCCAUGAAGGUGGUACGGUAAUCAUCUCGGAAGAAGCUCUUGAUGAAAUGAUGAAACCUUAUAUGGAAUUGAUGGUACUCGGAAAAUUGGUGCGCCGACCAGCCAAACUUGAUCGACAGCUAGCUCGCGAUCUAAAGGGCUUGGCCCAUCGCGAUGAUCCUUACGAUACCGUGAUCGGCAAAACUAUGUGCUCAAACGACUUCUAUGAGGGCCAAGGCCGCCUGGACGGCGCAUUCUGUGAAUUCACCGAGGCCGACAAAAUGGAAUACCUCAUGAAGUUACAGAAGGCUGGCGUGGUGAACAUCGAGAUGGAAAGCCUCUGCUUCGCCGCUCUAACACAUCACGCCGGCAUCCAGUCCGCCGUCGUUUGCGUGACGCUGUUGGAUCGACUCAAAGGCGACCAGGUUCUGGCGCCCAAAGAAGUGUUAGAAGAAUGGCAGAUGCGACCACAGAAGCUGAUCGCACGCUAUAUCACCACGUACCUUCAGCGCAAAGGUCGCCUCUCCCUCGAAGGCUCACAUGGUUCCAUGUACGUAAAGAGUCCGCGCCGAGAAUUACGAUUAAACGAUUCUCAAACAAAUCUAAAUAUGCAGCCCCGAAGAUCUCCUAAGAUGCAAUCGGACACGUCGCCGUCUGCUCGACUAUCGAAUGUACUUAUGCCGCUCAAGCUGCUGUAUCCAUUUAUUUGCUCGCAAAAAGUUAAUUUAUUCGCGAAGGAAGUGGCGUGA